GAGACCCCUUAUUUACAUGGAUUUUACAAAAAGGAGACGACAAGCAAAACAGUUUGAAACAAGGUGUAAAUGUUUGUUCAUGUGUGUGUGCAUGUGUGGAAGAUUGCUGAAUACAUGUGUGGUCAUUUCUUUAACAGGCAGCAGUUCUAACAGUUCUGAUGAUGAGAUGUUUUGAUUCUGUCUAUCUCCUGGUAGGAGGCUGCCACGUUAUCAAGGGCUGAGCAAAGCAUUUCUUUAUUGGAAGCAAAUGUAUGAUAAUUAUGAUCACAAUUAUUCCUACAGUAGUUCAAUAUAAAAAUUUAAAAAGUGCUGUUUCACUUCAUUCUGAGUUUUCUAUCUCAUCCAUUUGUAAAUACAUUGAAAUAAAGGCUAAGCUGUUGACCAUUUCUUUUCUCUUUUGUCAAGCCCAUGUAUAAAGGAAUUUGCCUCACUGUUCAAUACAUUCAGAGGGGACUUUUUGCUGCUCUGUGAGUUCAACAAUAAUAUACAAAAAUGUCAUCUUACAUUCCUAUCCACGGUUGAAAAUGAAGGUACUCUCAUUCUGAAUGUUGCUGAAGUUGAUGUGAAAGAGUGAAAUAAAAGCUUUGGCCUUGGAAUGUGAAAAGGUAACAAUGAUGGGAAAAAAAGAGCGUACGAAGAGUUGAUGUUACAGAAUGCAUGUUUGCACUUCUAAUUUUCAGUGGAAGCUUUAAGAGGGUGAAAUACACGACUAUUGUCAUUGGUAUUAAUAUAUUUUUUCAUUCUUUUGAAAAGUUAUGCUGAUGUGAGUGAGUCACAUUGAUUCUGAAUGAUGGGCUGGGUUUAUAAACGUUCUUCAGGCCGCUUUUCUCUAAAGUCAGUCACUUAUACACAUGUGGCAAAGUCUGACUCCCUUCUCAGCUUUAGUUGUUACCUCGAAGGACACAGCAGCAGAGACAUCUCUUCAUCAUGAAGUCCUUCUUUUGUCUGUUCUUCUUCCUGCUUUUGCUGUCCCGUGGGUAUUCAGCGGUCAUCACAGGGGCAUGUGAGAAGGACUCCCAGUGUGGAGGAGGAAUGUGCUGUGCGGUGAGUUUGUGGAUUCGUAGCCUGCGUAUGUGUACACUGAUGGGAGCGGAAGGAGAUAACUGUCACCCCUUGAGCCACAACGUUCCUUUCAUUGGGAAAAGACUUCAUCACACAUGCCCCUGUCUACCCAACUUGUCAUGCAUCGCUGUAGAAAAGGGACAAUCGAGAUGCCGUUCAUCAUUUCAGAGAGAUCACAACUAUAUCUAA